GCGUGCGUGCGUGCGUGCGUGCAUAGAGUGUGUUCGUGCGGCGCUAACAGACAGUCUUGUGCAAGCCGCCCUACACAGAGGCACGAUGUCCGACGCUGCUGCUCCAGCAGACAACAACGGGGAGCCUGGGUUAAACGGGUCAUGGGUAGAGUUGGCGAUGAACAGAAACGUCACAUCUCUCUCUUCCUCCGCUGCCUCAUUGCCGCCCCCUUUAGCCCAGAUAGUAGAGGAGGAUGAUGGGAUGGUGGGGGGCCUGGAACAUGUUCCCUCAUCAUCUUCCAUCCACAAUGGAGACAUGGAAAAAAUCCUGCUAGAUGCCCAGCACGAAUCCAGCCGCAGUAACUCCUCAUGCGGCAGCCCUCCUCGACCUCACAGUCCUCAGGAUGAAGGCCAGAUCAUUUUCGAUGUGUACAUGAGGAGGGACAGUCAGGAGGAAGUCAUGGAGGAGAUCAGAGAUGAGGACAUCUUAAUGAGGAUUCAGACUGGGUCGCAGACUGGUCAAGUAGACCCUGAGAAUAUUCCGCCUAAGGAGUUUCAUUUCCGGCACCCGCGGCGUUCAGUGACUCUCAGCAUGAGGAAGUCAGGAGCCAUGAAGAAAGGAGGCAUCUUCUCUGCUGAGUUCCUCAAAGUGUUUAUCCCCUCGCUGCUUCUGUCCCACAUCCUGGUCCUGGGUCUCGGGGUCUAUAUUGGGAAAAGACUGACAACUCCCCCUGCAAGCUCCAUUUGAACACAGAUCUGAUCAAGUGCCUCAGGCAUGACGCAGGUGGAUUAUGGAGAAGGUUGCAGUUUGUACGAAGAAGCCCCCUGCUGCCCCUUUCUACCCCUUUUAGUCGUUUCAGCAACAUUUCUCCCUUUUUUAGUAAUUCCUUUAAUUAGCCUUUCCAUUUUGGAAAGCGAAGUAAUAAACUUCUCCUCAUUUCAGGUCCUUUUCUUUCACGUUACCAUUGUCUGUAUCCCUUUUCCAGUUGUGAAUGUUCUAACACCCCUUUAGUAGUACUAUUACAUUUUGGAAGUAUUCGGAGUAUUGCAUGAAACCAAAUGCACACAUGCUAGCUCCACACUAGCUCGAUUCAGCUAGGAGGCAAAAAACAUCCCGUUUUGGUCCAAUCAGAUGACCCAAAAGGUGAUAAAGAAUCCCCCCUAGUUUUCCCCCCUUAAAAUGGAAUCAACCAAAAUCUAUAAAUUAUUGAAGUUAUACGAGCAUGCCUAAGCGCAUUAUUUAUUUCUACAAAUGCUACCAAUUUAGUUUUUUUUUUUUAUUGACUUCAAGGGCGGAACGCCAGGAUGAUGGACUUGGAAGUGUUUUGGGAAGGAUAGGGCUCUCCGUAGACCCCAAACUCACUUGGUGAGGAUGGAAAAUUUAAUAACUCGGACAUUAUAUGUUUAUGACUGAAUCACAUGCAAUUUUAUACCAAGGUUUGCAUAAUCUUUUACACAACCCUGACAGAGACAACACCUGUUACUCUUUUUUUUUUUUUUUUUUCAUCUCAUCUCAACAUAGAUAAAAAACAGUCUAAUGGGGCUGACGGAUCCCUGUAUGAAAAAAAAAAAGUUAUUGUUUUAUCUGUUUCUCUGUGUUUGUUGUGUUGUUUUGUUAGUUUCCUUCACAUACAUAUCAGGACCUAGUGAUUUCUUACUAGGCAUAGCCUACUUUGCAAUACUGCACAGUUAACCAUUAGCAUUCAGAGCUGAGAGGAUCUUGCUAACAAGGACACUGGCUUCAGUGUCAGACUUUCUGGAAUUGUGUUGUACACACUCAUACUUCUCAUAAAAUUACAUUCUGUCAUUAUUUACUCAACUUCAUGUUGUUGCAAACUUAUAUGAUUUUCUUUUAUCUGUGGUACUCAAAAGUAGAAGGUUUGAAGAAUGUCCGUGCUGCUCUUUUCCAUACAAUGGAAGCUAAUAGAGAUAAACUGGAAAAGAGCAGCUUGGGUUUCUUUCAAAAUAUCUCCAAAAGGUUGAAUAAUGAUGGAUUUGAAUUAUUGCGUGAGAUACUAUUGAAACACACUUACACAGUAACAGUCACACACAUUUAGUGAACACUAACACUCCAGCACCACAGGUGACUGUGCUAUCCUGGACAUGAACAUCCAUCUUUGAGAACAGGGUUUAAUUUAGAGUGAAUUAUCCUCAAGUCUAGCUGUGUUUUUGUCUCUUUUAAGUGUGUUUUGGUUGUGUGAGCACAUUUCCUUCGGUCUAUCUGAGGAUCCACUUCUCGAACACAGCUGCCAAAACCAACUGAGAACUCAACUCUUAUGAACUUUGUGCCUCGUUUCCUUCAUCAUGUUUGAUAAGGCGUCCUGUCAUCAUUUCCUGUCAUCAUGUGUGUGUUUUGUGCCACAAGCUCGUUCUUCUUGUUGUUUUGCACCAUCUUGGUGAACAUGAGUUUUGGAAGGUUUCUUAUAUGCUUUGGAUUUUUUUUAAAGUCUUGAACAAUCAAGGCAAACUAGAAGAGAAGGUACAUGAUAGUUAAAGGUUUAAGUUCUUUCUUUCUCACAAAGAAACCUCCUUUGUGGAGAUACUUUCUUUAGACUUCAAUGCGAUGAUUAAAUUAAUUGUAAGUUUACUGAUUUGUCAGACCUUUUUUUCUUCCCCUGUUGGACAAUGAUAAAAGUUUUCAAAUUAAAAAUUUAAAGAACAA